ACAAGGAGACAUCUGUAACCAGAUGAGGAGACACCUCUGAGGAGACAAGGGCGCAGACGAGGAAACAGGACGCAGCCUGGCCUCAGUCCAGUUGUGUUUAUGGUUUGAACUUUGACCCAGUGCGUGAAGAGGAUCCUCACCUGAAGGAUAUAGGAAAGGAGACAAGGAGCUAGGAGGCACUGUGCGAUGAGAGAUGGCGCCGGUGCUGCCCCCUAUUGGCGCAGAGCUGUUCAGACCUUUCACUUUAGAGUCUCUGCAGAAAAUACAAGAGAAGUACGAAGAAGAAGAGAAACUCGCCCAGAAACGCAAAGAAAACAACAUUGAGCUUUCAGAGGAUGACCUUCCCAAACCUGCGUCUGACCUUGAGGCAGGAAAACCCCUGCCCUUCAUCUAUGGAGACCCUGCACCGGAGUUUUUCAAUACGCCUUUGGAGGAUCUGGACCCGUUCUACCAAUCACAGAAGACUUUCAUAGUUUUGGGCAAAGGAAACGUUAUCUAUCGCUUCAACGCGGAGCCGGCCUGUUACCUGCUCUCCCCCUUCAGCCGCCUGCGGCUCCUCGCGAUCCGGAUCCUCAUCCAUUCAGUCUUCAGUCUCUUUAUCAUGGUGACGAUACUGACCAACUGUGUGUUCAUGACGAUGAGUGACCCGCCGCCCUGGAGCAAGACCGUGGAGUACGUGUUCACAGGGAUCUACACGUUCGAGGCUCUGGUCAAAGUCUUCUCCAGAGGCUUCUGUGUGGGAGACUUCACCUUCCUCCGAGACCCCUGGAACUGGCUGGACUUCAUGGUCAUUUCUAUGGCGUACCUGACCGAGUUUGUGGAUCUGGGAAAUGUGUCAGCGCUCAGGACUUUCAGGGUCCUUCGUGCUCUUAAGACCAUCACUGUGAUCCCAGGUCUGAAGACCAUCGUGGCGGCUCUGAUCCAGUCUGUGAAGAAACUGUCUGAUGUGAUGAUCCUCACCGUCUUCUGCCUCAGUGUCUUUGCUCUUAUUGGACUUCAGCUGUUUAUGGGAAACCUGCGGCAGAAGUGUGUCCUGGCCACGCCCCUCAACGCCACCACCGCCACCACCUCCAACGCCACUGACCUUGAGCAAAACAGCACUCACACCAUCCACGACUUUGACUACUACGAAUACAUCAAUAAUCCAGAAAACUACUACUUUUUGGAAGGACAGAAGGAUCCUCUUCUUUGUGGGAACAGCUCAGAUGCUGGAGUUUGUCCUGACGGCUACGUGUGUCUCAAAGCCGGACCAAACCCAAACUACGGCUACACCAGCUACGACACCUUUGCCUGGGCUUUCCUCGCUCUCUUCAGGCUCAUGACACAAGACUUCUGGGAAAACCUCUUCCAGCUGACCCUGAGAGCAGCGGGUAAAACUUACAUGCUGUUCUUCGUGGUGGUGAUCUUCUUGGGGUCUUUUUACCUCAUAAACCUGAUCCUGGCUGUGGUGGCGAUGGCGUACGCUGAGCAGAACCAGGCCUCCAUCGAUGAGCAGCUCCACAAGGACCAGGAGUACCAACAGAUCCUCGAGGCCCUGAAGGCCCGAGAGGAGGAGCAAGCUGCUCUGAAGAAGAACGACCCAGAGUACCAGGACCAGGCGCCUCUUGCAGAACCGGAGGAGGAACGACCCUGUCCGCCAUGUUGGUACUGGCUCUCGUCUCGGUUCCUGGUGUGGGACUGUGCGUGCUGGCGCCCCCUGCAGAGGGUGAUGUACCUGAUUGUCAUGGAUCCCUUUGUGGACCUGGGCAUCACCAUCUGCAUCGUCCUCAACACUGUGUUCAUGGCCAUGGAGCACUACCCCAUGUCUGAAGACUUUGAACAUCUGCUGACUGUCGGAAACCUGGUUUUCACUGGGAUCUUCACAGCUGAGAUGGUGCUGAAGCUCCUGGCUCUGGAUCCAUAUCAUUACUUCCAGGUGGGCUGGAACAUCUUUGACUUCCUCAUCGUCUCCAUGAGCCUCGUGGAGCUGGGAUUGGCCAAUGUCCAGGGCCUGUCUGUGCUGCGCUCCUUCAGACUGAUGCGAGUGUUUAAGCUGGCAAAGUCCUGGCCCACUCUGAACAUGCUCAUUAAAAUCAUUGGGAAUUCUGUGGGUGCCCUCGGGAAUCUAACCCUUGUCCUGGCCAUCAUCGUCUUCAUCUUCGCGGUGGUGGGGAUGCAGCUCUUCGGACGCAGCUACGGCGAGUGCGUGUGCCGGAUCUCCGACGAUUGCGAGCUCCCACGUUGGCACAUGACCGACUUCUUUCACUCGUUCCUCAUCAUCUUCAGGGUUCUGUGUGGAGAAUGGAUCGAGACCAUGUGGGACUGUAUGGAAGUGUCUGGGCAGGCCAUGUGUCUCAUUGUCUUCAUGAUGGUCAUGGUCAUCGGGAAUCUGGUGGUCUUGAAUUUGUUCCUGGCCCUCCUGCUCUCCUCCUUCAGUGGAGACAACCUCUCAGCUACAGAGGACGACUCCGAGAACAACCUUCAGAUUGCCGUGAACCGGAUCCAAACAGGAAUUGACUGGACUAAGACCAAAGUCCGAGACCUGGUCAUGAGGCACUGUGCCCAGAGACAAAAAACUGAUACAGGUGCAGCUGAGAUCAACCAAUCAGAUGAGACAAAGAGUGAGGGGGAGGAGCUUGUGGCACUGACCCCUGUGAUGUCAAUGGAUCAAAGUCAUGGCGACAGGACCAGUUGUUACUAUGACAACAUCGUGGCUCUGAAGGUUCCCCUAGCCCCUCCUGAGUCCGAGUCCGAGUCUGAGUCCGACCUAUCGGACCAGGACCAGGAGGUGGAGCUAUCGUCUGAGUGCAGCACUGUAGAGAGAAACCCUGUGGUGGAGGAGGAAGAGGAGGAGGAGCCUGACACCCCCGAUGACUGCUGCUCCGAAAACUGCUACAGGUGCUGUCCGAGCCUGGACAUAGAUACGGGCCUGGGCCGGGGUCUGAUCUGGACCAACAUCAGAAAAACCUGUUUCUCCAUCGUCGAGCACAAUUACUUUGAAACUUUCAUCAUCUUCAUGAUCCUGCUGAGCAGCGGCGCCCUGGCCUUUGAAGAUGUUUAUCUGGAGCAGCGGCGUGUGGUGAAGAUAGUCCUGGAGUACGCAGACCAGGUCUUCACAUAUGUCUUUGUGGUGGAGAUGAUUCUCAAGUGGGUGGCCUACGGUUUCAAGACAUACUUCACCAAUGCCUGGUGCUGGCUGGACUUCCUCAUUGUAGACGUGUCACUGGUGUCUCUCACGGCAAAUAUCUUGGGAUACUCUGAGCUGGGGGCCAUCAAGUCCCUGCGGACGCUGAGAGCACUGAGGCCACUGCGUGCUCUGUCGCGGUUUGAGGGCAUGAGAGUGGUGGUAAAUGCCUUGGUUGGAGCUAUCCCAUCCAUCUUCAACGUCCUCUUGGUGUGUCUCAUCUUCUGGCUCAUCUUCAGUAUCAUGGGCGUCAAUCUUUUUGCUGGAAAGUUUUAUUAUUGUUUGAACGAGACGUCGGGGGAGGUGUUUCUGCCCGAGGAGGUGGAGAACAGAUCUCAGUGUGAAGACCUGAUGGUGCAGAACCCAGGACAAGUCCGAUGGAAAAACGUCAAAGUCAACUAUGACAACGUGGGCAUGGGCUACCUCUCUCUGCUCCAAGUGGCCACGUUCAAAGGCUGGAUGGACAUCAUGUACGCUGCUGUGGACUCCCGCGAGGUCGAGUCCCAGCCACAGUACGAGGCCAGUCUCUACAUGUAUCUGUACUUUGUCAUCUUCAUCAUCUUCGGAUCCUUCUUCACGUUAAACCUCUUCAUUGGAGUCAUCAUUGACAACUUUAACCAACAGAAGGCAAAGAUAAGAGGGACCGACAUCUUCAUGACUGAAGAGCAGAAGAAAUAUUACAACGCCAUGAAGAAACUAGGCUCCAAGAAACCACAGAAACCAGUGCCCAGACCAGAGAAUCGGUUCCAGGGCCUUGUGUUUGACUUGGUGACGCAGCAGGUGUUUGACGUGACCAUCAUGGUUCUGAUCUGCCUGAACAUGGUGACUAUGAUGGUGGAGACAGACGAGCAAAGUGCAGAGAAGGAGGAAAUCUUGUACUGGGUGAAUCUGGUCUUCAUCGUCCUCUUCACUGGAGAAUGCUCUCUGAAGAUCAUCGCUCUGAGGCACCAUUACUUCUCUGUGGGCUGGAACAUCUUUGACUUUGUGGUUGUCAUCCUUUCCAUUGUAGGGCUGUUAUUGGCUGACAUUAUAGAGAAGUAUUUUGUGUCCCCGACCCUGUUCAGAGUGAUCCGAUUGGCUCGUAUCGGCCGAAUUCUCCGCUUGAUCCGUGGCGCCAAAGGGAUCCGCACACUGCUCUUUGCCCUAAUGAUGUCUCUUCCUGCGCUCUUCAACAUUGGACUCCUCCUCUUCCUCAUUAUGUUCAUCUUCUCCAUCUUUGGCAUGAGUAACUUUGCCUAUGUCAAGAAGGAGGCGAUGAUUGAUGACAUGUUUAACUUUGAGGACUUUGGGAACAGCAUGAUCUGCCUGUUUAUGAUCACCACGUCAGCAGGUUGGGAUGGUCUACUCAGCCCCAUCAUGAACACGCCUCCAGACUGUGACCCCAACCUCGAGAACCCGGGCUCCGAGGUCCGGGGGAACUGUGGCAGUCCUGGGGUGGGCAUGAUCUUUUUCACCUCUUACAUCAUUAUGUCGUUCCUGGUGGUGGUGAACAUGUAUAUCGCUAUCAUCCUGGAGAACUUCAAUGUGGCAACGGAGGAGAGCACAGACCCCCUAAGCGAGGAAGAUUUUGAUCUUUUCUAUGAGACCUGGGAGAAGUAUGACCCCAACGCAACUCAGUUCAUUCACUACAGUGAGCUGUCAGAGUUCUGUGAUGUCCUGCAAGACCCUCUGAGAAUCCCCAAACCCAACACACUCCGUCUGAUCCAAAUGGACCUACCACUGGUCCCCGGAGACAAGAUCCACUGCCUAGACAUCCUGCUGGCCCUUACUGCACAGGUUCUGGGAGACUCGGGGGGGAUGGAUGCUCUUAAAUCCAGUAUGGAGGAGAAGUUCAUGGCGAACAACCCUUCAAAGGUGCCUUAUGAGCCCAUCAGCUCCACACUGAAGAGAAGACAGGAAGAGAUGGCUGCCAUAGUGAUCCAACGCUGCUACAGAAGACACCUGCUUCAGACAACAGUUCGGCUGGCUUCCCAGAAGUACCGAAUCCUAAAACAGGGAGCUGAACCAGGUCCAUAUCAGAGUCCAAACCAGGGCCAGAGCAAAACCCGGAGUGGUCUCAAAGAACGCUUGGACAAACUUUAUGGACCAGACACUGGAGAUAAAGCUGUGGAACUACACAAAGAGGUCCAACUCCAAACGACUCCACCCCUCCCCACGUCCAAAGACCAGGGCUGUAGUUUAGACAUAGAGGAGGAGCUAAAGGAGGAAGAGCUAAGGGAGUCUGUGGUCUGACUGUAAAACUGGAGCAGGCUCUGGAUCAUCCUAAACACCUAAAUGAUGGUUUCACUUUGUGAUGUCACAGAAGGAGCCUAGGGGUUCAUUAGACUUUUCAUUGGAGACUUUGGAAGCUUUAAUAUGCUCAACUCAACUUUAUUGCGAGAGC